UAUAUCUGUCAGUACAUCGCGAGAAAAUUUGAACCACUUCCGGAACCGCUACACGCAGCGAGGCUUCAAACGUCGUCGAUGACGUCACUUGCCGUAAACAAUAUAAAGGUCGAUACGCGCUUCACUAAACACUUCCUGGAUUUCUCGACAUACCCUUCGAAGUGUUGGCACAGCGUGUCGACAGAGAAACAGUCAAAACAUGGAUAAUAAUGACCAGGACUACUACAAAACCGAAAUAAAAGAGGAACAACGGGACUCGAAUUUAAUCGACCAGGACCACGACAAGAGCGGAAUGAAGGAGGAGAACCAGGAUCCAGAUUUCGGGGAUCAGGGCCACUGCAGCAGUGAAAUGAAAGAAGAGAAGCAGGACCCGGAUUCCAUUGCUCAGGACCACUGCAAAAGGGAAGUUAAAGAGGAAGACGAUGACCUUGAUUCCCUCUACCAUGACCAGCACAAGAACGCAGGACUGCAACCGAUCCAGGAUCAAGAUUUCCGGAGCAAUGAUCCCGCCGAGAGGAACAAAGCAGGGUCGUCCUCUGGUCCCAGUGAUCAACAGAAACAGAGAAUAAUGGGACUCGACCAUCAUCACUCUAGGAAGAGAAGCCAUUCUCAAAUGUGGGAACACUUUCAGCUGACCAGUCCUAAUAAGGUCCAGUGCUUGCUGUGUCCUCAGCUAUUGGCAUAUAAUAAUAAUACAUCAUCAAUGCUGAGGCAUUUCAAAGCCAAGCAUGAGUGCAAGCAGGAAAACGCAGAUCAUGUGGCCCGGAAGAAAGAGCUGGAUGAGGCUCUUGUUAAUAUGCUGGUGAAAGACAUUCAGCCUUUUUCUAUUGUGGAUGAUCAGGGCUUCAGAGAGUUUGUGGGAAAGCUAGACCCCACAUACACUCUGCCAUCUAGACAGGUUCUAAAGAAGAUGCUGAAUGAGAAAUAUGAGGAGGAAAAGAGCAAAGCCAAGGCACAACUGCAGAGCGUGGAAGGAGUGAGUCUGACUUCUGAGAUGUGGACCUCUGUUAAUAUGGAUGCAUAUGUUGCAGUCACUUGCCAUUAUAUGCUUGACAAUGCAAAGCUGGCCACGGUACCUUUAGGAGUGCUGCCAUUCCCUCAAGACCACACUGCUGAAAACAUCACAGCUGCUAAGAGGGCUCUCAUGGCAGAGUGGGGCAUUGAGGAAAAGGUUAAAUGCCUUGUGACUGAUGCUACAACAAACAUGACCGCCACUGCCAAAAAUUUAGCUAUAAGGCAUGUUGUGUGCAUUGCACAUACACUAAAUUUAGUUGUUAAAAAAUCCAUAGAUCAAACACCUGGCCUAGAAGAUCUGUGCACAAGGGCACGGAAAGUGGUGACCUAUUUUCGAUCAAACACUACUGCUAAAGAGAAGCUGAGAAAUGUGCAACGGCAAAUCAAUCGUGCAGUGAUGAAGCUGAUCCAGGAGGUGGACACACGCUGGAACAGCACCUACCUGAUGCUGCAACGCUUAUAUGAUGAGAGGCAGGCAGUGGGAGCAGCUCUGGCAUCGCUCAGAACGAAAGUUAAUCCUCUCUCUUCUGAGGAUUAUGAGACAACAGCAGCUUGUUUACAGGUGCUCAACCCAUUUUACAUGGCGACAGUGGAAAUGUCCCAGCAGAAGAGAGUGUCGGGGUCAGUGGUCAUUCCACUGAUUAAAAUGUUGCUUCACACAACUCAGGAAAUACUGGACAAUACCACCAACGUGACAGCAAAACUGCUGGGACAGAACGUGUCUGCAACCCUCAUAAAUAAGUUUGACACUCUUGAGACCUCAACCAUCCUGUCACUGUCCACACUGCUUGACCCAAGAUUUAAAACCAUUGGUUUCCGCAAUCAAGACAAAGCACAACAUGCAGUGCGACGACUGACUGCUGAAUGUGCAGUGCUGAUGAGGCACACACUGGACACAUCUACUGAUCAUCCAUCUACAUCAGCUCCACCUCAACCAGCAGCACCAAAUGUACAAAAACCAUCCUCCACAGCUUUUAACCUUUGGAAAAGUCUUGAUGAACAAGCUACUAUGGCAAGAACACACAGGAAUUCCAUAGCAGAUGCCACUGUAGAGGUCCAGCGAUACAUGACAGACCCUCCCUUGGAAAGAUGUGAAGAUCCUCUGACUUACUGGAACGAGCACAGAAAUAUUUACCCACAUUUGUUUUCAGUAGCAAAGCAAUACUUAUGUACGCCAGCCUCAUCAGUGCCAUUUGAACGUGUGUUUUUGAAAGCUGGGGAAGUUGUCAGCCAGAAAAGAAACCGCCUCAGUCCAAAAACAGUGGAAAAAAUAUUGUUUCUUAAUAAAAAUUUUUGAAUCUCCAUUCCACGUACAUAAUUAUGUUCUUUAUUAUUCUGGUAUCUUCCAUCCGUUAUUCGGCACAUAACUCCAGCAUACUUUCACAUAGAAAGGCCAUUCAGGUAUCAAAAUAUUCA